AGAUUUUGGAUCAAGGGCUUGGUUGCAGAGUGCCUAUCCUGCUCUAUGAAGGUCGCGUCAGCACGAUUGGCACGGGCACUUGCUGCACGAACUGCAGGAUGCCCUCAAGCCCGCCCAUGCUUGCGCAAGGGGCUACCAUCACCAUUGUCGGCAUGUUUCCACACGCCGCAGCUGCAGUGCAGGCGUUUGCACGCCAGCCAAAGUGAAGGGGAAGCUGAGGCUAAGAAAUCAGAGGAAAUCAAUUCCUCAGAGGGUGCCGCCAGCGCAGAAAGCCAGGACACAGAGAAGACAGAGAAGACGGAAGAGGCAUCUUCCGAAGUUGAGGAAGCCCCAGAAAAGUUGCUUCAGAAAGAACUUGCAGACCUUCAGGAGCUCGUCCGGCAAAACAAGCAUGAGUUGCUUUUGUCAUUGGCGGACUUUGAGAAUAACAAGAAACGUUUCCUCAAAGAACGAGAGGAUAGAAGAAGGAGCUCUAUGGCAAGCUUUGCGACCAAGAUGGUGCAGGCACUGCACGAAGGUGUCGCAUUAACCAGGGAUUUGUACAAGGCCUCCUUGGACAAGUUUGGCGUUCGGCCACUUCAGGCAAGUCUUUUGCCAAAGAAUUUGACAGAAGUGAAGAAUUUGCACAUGGAAUGUAUGUCAGGUAGAGGUUG